CCGCGGAGGAUGGGAGGAUGGAAGGAGGGGAGGCGACUUCUGCACCCCGAAGCCAGGCGGCACAGCUCCUCAAGCGCCCGCAGUAGCGGGUCCUGCCUUCUGUGGGAUUUCUAUGGGCAGGGACAGGAUCUGCUUGGAGCUGGCAUCUCUCCUCCUGGCAGACGUGGCUGCGGGGUGCAGCAGGCGGAACCCCACCGUGAAGCGGAGUCGAGGAGCCCAGACUGCACACAGGGCAGCUUUCACCUUAGCCCCUGUGCCCCAGCACUCGCGUGGGCUGCCUGUGCCUCAUUGAAUCUGGAUGACCUUCCCUUACUGAGAUCCCAUCUCUUCCCAACCUCAGCUCUCUGCACCAGCUCCUCGCCUCCUGUUCCUCAGAAACUCCUCAGAGUCCUGCCCCCAGUCCCUUCCCACGGUCCUUCCUGCUUCUUCCUUCUGCCCCAGCUGCGAGCCUUGAUGCAUCCUUCCAGUGGCGCUUCUCUCUGCCCUGAGCUUCCUCUCUGCUGCAAGCCAGAUGCAAGCCAGAUGCUCUCACUUCUGGGAGAAGGUUCCCUCAUCUUACUCCUCCCACUCCCCCUCUCCCCAGCCCCUACCCCUCCACCCUCUAGCUCCUGUGCAGCGGCAUUGCUGGAAAGAGGCACCCGCGGAACAGGAAUGAAGGUAAUGUAUAUGAAGACCAUCAAGUUUAGGAAAGUGCUAGUUUUGGGUGUCAAAAAUGAAAGCAAAGUGUAG